CUUUAAUUAAAAGGGGAUGCACAUUGCUCCAUUGCAAUCCAUCCUAUAAGCUUCAGAGUGGCAAACCUCAGUGCAGAGUCUGGGACUUGAUGCAUGAGGGCAGAAUUCUGUGCAUUGCACAACCUGUCAUCUCAACUUUGUAAAGAACUCUCUUUUUUAUUUUUUUGUUGUUGUUGUUAUUUUUGGACUUUGAAGGAGAGAAGAGUUUUUCUACCUGUCUGAACCAUGAGUGGAUGUUCAAAGAGAUGUAAGCGUGGGAUUGUCAAAUUUGCGCAGACUAUUUUUAAGCUCAUCACAGGCACUCUCAGCAAAGAUAAAAUUGAAGAUGAAUUAGAAAUGACUACAGUGUGCCAUAGACCCGAGGGACUCGAACAGCUUGAAGCACAAACCAAUUUCACAAAAAGAGAACUUCAAGUGCUUUACAGAGGAUUUAAAAAUGAAUGUCCUAGUGGGGUUGUUAAUGAAGAAACAUUCAAACAGAUCUAUGCACAGUUUUUUCCUCAUGGAGAUGCCAGCAUGUAUGCACAUUACCUCUUCAAUGCAUUUGACACUGCACAAAAUGGCUCAGUGAAGUUUGAGGAUUUUGUGAUGGCAUUGUCUAUUCUUCUACGUGGAACUGUUCAUGAAAAGCUAAGAUGGACAUUUAAUCUGUAUGACAUAAAUAAGGAUGGCUAUAUAAACAAGGAGGAAAUGAUGGAUAUCGUAAAGGCAAUUUAUGAUAUGAUGGGAAAGUACACAUAUCCAGUGCUCAAGGAAGAUGCACCAAGGCAGCAUGUAGAAGUGUUUUUCCAGAAAAUGGAUAAAAACAAAGAUGGAGUUGUAACUUUAGAUGAGUUUAUUGAAUCGUGUCAGGAGGACGACAAUAUCAUGCGAUCGUUACAGCUCUUUGAGAAUGUCAUGUAACCACGUAACCAGCGAUGGAGGAGUCCGAGAGUUCCUGAUCUCCUUUCUGGGUGAAAGCUUUUUACAACUGAGCCAUGUCCAGUGCGUGAGGAUUUUGUAUAUCUCCAACCAAAUGGCAACUGAAUGCAACCGAUCCCACCUCUUCUCCCCAGGAGACGCCGGUGGCCCUUUGUUUCAUUUUGGAAGCAUGUGAAUAUUUUAAUAAACCCUGACAAGAG